AUGUUGCGCACGACCAGCAAGGUGCUCAAGCCCGCCCGCGCCAGCCGCGCCUUCUCGGCCGCCUCGGGCAACGAGGUCAUCGGCAUCGAUCUCGGCACGACCAACUCGUGCGUCGCCGUCAUGGAGGGCAAGAGCCCGCGUGUCAUUGAGAACUCGGAGGGCUCGCGCACGACGCCGUCGGUGGUCGCGAUCCUCGAGAACGGCGAGCGCCUCGUGGGCAUGCCCGCCAAGCGCCAGGCCGUCACCAACCCCACCAACACGCUCUACGCCGUCAAGCGCCUCAUUGGCCGCAAGUUCAGCGACAAGGAAACGCAGGAAGUCUCCAAGGUCGUCUCGUACAACAUCGUCGCCGGCACCAACGGCCAGGACGCCUGGGUCGAGGCCCAGGGCCAGAAGUACUCGCCCUCGCAGAUCGGCUCGAUGGUCCUCACCAAGAUGAAGGAGACGGCCGACGGCUUCCUCGGCAAGACGAUCACGCAGGCGGUCGUCACGGUCCCUGCCUACUUCAACGACUCGCAGCGCCAGGCCACUAAGGACGCGGGCAAGAUUGCCGGCCUUGACGUGCUCCGUAUUAUCAACGAGCCCACGGCCGCUGCCUUGGCCUACGGUAUGGACAAGGCCGACGGCAAGGUCAUCGCUGUCUUUGAUUUGGGUGGUGGUACCUUCGAUGUCUCCAUCCUUGAAAUCUCGGGCGGUGUCUUUGAGGUCAAGUCGACCAACGGUGACACGCUUUUGGGCGGUGAGGAUUUCGAUGAGGAGCUCCUCCGCUUCCUCGUCGGCGAGUUCAAGCGCGAGUCGGGCAUCGACCUCAGCGGUGAUGUCCUUGCCAUGCAGCGCCUCCGCGAAGCUGCCGAGAAGGCCAAGCGUGAGCUUGAUGGUCUUGCCCAGACGGACGUCUCGCUUCCGUUCAUCACGGCCGAUGCCACGGGCCCUAAGCACUUGAACAUCAAGAUCACGCGCGCCCAGUUUGAGAAGCUUGUCGGCCACCUCAUCGAGCGCACCUUGAACCCGUGCAAGAAGUGCGUCAAGGACGCUGGCGUCUCGAAGGAGGAGAUCAACGAGGUCAUCUUGGUCGGUGGCAUGUCGCGCAUGCCCAAGGUGCAGCAGUCGGUCGAAGACUUCUUUGGCAAGCGCCCUCGAAGGGGCGGUGUGCUCCGCGGUGACGUCAAGGACAUCUUGCUCCUCGAUGUCACGCCGCUCUCGCUCGGCAUUGAGACGCUUGGCGGUGUCUUCACCAAGCUCAUUCCCCGCAACACGACGAUCCCGACCAAGAAGUCGCAGGUCUUCUCGACGGCGUCGGACAACCAGACGCAGGUCGGCAUCAAGGUCCUCCAGGGCGAGCGUGAAAUGGCCGCUGACAACAAGUCGCUCGGCAACUUCGACCUCCAGAACAUCCCGCCGGCCCCGCGCGGUAUCCCCCAGAUCGAAGUCAGCUUCGACAUUGACGCCAACGGCAUCGUGAACGUCUCGGCCCGCGACAAGGCCACGGGCAAGGAGCAGUCGAUUGUCAUCCAGUCGUCGGGCGGCCUCUCGGAGGACGAGAUUGAGCGCAUGGUCCGUGAGGCCGAGCUCAACGCCGAGGCCGAUGCCAAGCGCAAGGAGCUCAUUGAAGUCAAGAACGAAGCCGACUCGCUCGUCUACAACGCCGAGAAGACGCUCUCGGAGCACGAGUCGAAGCUCGACGCUGCCCUCGUCGAAUCGGUCAAGGCCUCGAUGCAGGCUGUCCGCGACGCCAUUGAGAAGGACGACGCUGCCACGAUCAAGGCUGCCCUCGAGGACAUGCAGAAGGCCAGCAUGAAGAUUGGCGAGGCCAUCUACAAGCAGGGCAACGCUGACGGCGCCGCCUCGGAGGAGGAGAAGAAGGAGGACGUCCACGACGCCGAGUUCAAGGACAAGAAGCCCUAA